AUGGCGGUGGCUGUGGCGGGGUCCUUGCACCCCGCGAUGGGUUCUAAGCCCCAGCAUGGAUGGCAUGGUGCUCAUGCCACUCCGCUGAAGGGCUGGAUGCCGGAGGGUCGAAGUGUGGCUCUGGUAGCUUCAGGGCUGUGCAGCCUUGGCAGGUGCAGCCGGCAUCGGCAUCGAUGGCAGAGAAGUGCGUCAGAGGCGGAUCCGUCUCCGGAUUUGCCAUCAGUGGGCAGACGGUUGCGCGUUUGGUUUGUGUCCGAAGAUGAUUUGGCAGACUACGAAUAUGGCACAGUGUCCGAAGUUCAUGAUGACGGAGAGGUGACUAUCCAAUGGGAUGGACAAGGCGAAGAACGUCUCGACCUCUCUGACAUCAGUUUCGAAUGGUUGGGCCAUGAUUUUGCGGCGGAUUUGAUGGCAAAUCUCCGAGAGAGCCGCCAGGAGUCCUUGGAGGGUGCAACAGAAGCCGGUGCUGAGGUGGUUGCUAUGCCUGUGGAACAGUUGCGCAAGGAGUUGUCGGCCAUGAGCUGGAUGCGCAAAGAGCUUGAAGCACGUCGACGUCAGGCUGAGGAGCUGAGGCGCGAGAAUGAAGAGUUAAAGGCAGCUCGGGAAGACUUUCACCGCCGCUAUGGAAAGCUUCUGCCAGACAGGUCUCAGCAAAAUGCGCAAGAGACGAAGAGAGAAACGAAAAGAGAAAUGGCGAAGUUUUGCAUCCCUAUGUUUUAUGUUUCGUAUGUUUCAUACACGAGUCUGACGUGUUUAGUUCUCGGAAUACUUUGCUUGCCUGCAGCUUGCUCAUUGCUUGCUCAGCGAGCUUAG